GGUAUUUCUGAUGUGGUGUGCAGAUAAAGAAAAAAAAAGAAAUAUGAGCCAGGCUGUGACUGCGGCGAGGAGUCCGCGGGGUCGGGAAGAUGAUUUCGAAGAAGUGGAGAAUUUCCACGGGGUCUAUUUGCUGUGCUCCACGAACCCCAAGUACAAGGGAUGGACUUACAUCGGCUACACCGUGGAUCCCAACCGGAGGAUCGUGCAGCACAACAAGGGUCGGAAACACGGCGGGGCCUUUAGAACCAGUAACCGAGGUCCUUGGGACAUGGUUUUGAUUGUCCACGGAUUUCCAAAUGACGUUUCUGCGCUGAGAUUCGAGUGGGCCUGGCAACAUCCAAAACGGUCUCGAAGAUUGAGGUGCAUCAUCCCAGUGAAGAAGAGCCGAAUGACAAAGUUUCAGUGGUUGAUUGAACUGCUUGGGAGGAUGCUUUGUGUGGAUCCCUGGUGCCGACUGCCAUUGACGCUCCGCUGGCUCAUGCCCAAGUAUAAAACGCCCUUCACUGGCGAAUGGAUCCCACCCAGUCACAUCCAGUACGUGGACGGACUAGUGAAAUCCCGUCGAAUCCGAGACGUCCUCGAGAACUCGACUCAUUCCGCGUCCGGAAACGGAUCCUCGUGUUGCCUCGUGUGCGGAGAAGAUGUCGCUUCGGUCGCGGACCAGCUCCGUUGUUUCGGCUGCUACAACAAAUUCCACCUUCGCUGUUUGGCGGACUUGUUUUUGCGGCGUUCCGGUGAAGUGACUGAUGGAAUCGUGCCCGUGAGCGGCACUUGUCCGACCUGUGAUUUGCAAGUCAUGUGGGGCGAUUUGGUUAGGUUCAAAAAGGGCUGUUUCCGGGACGUUUUCAGAGAUCCCAGUGUUCCUCAUCAGCUGAGCCAGCCUUGA